AUGCCUGGUGGAUGCCAGGUGAAUUUAGAUGUUAUUUUUAUGUAUAUUUGUUUAAUAUUAAUAGUAUUAAUUUGUAAUUGAGUUUUAUUAUGUCUAAACUCAUAUUUGACUAGUUCAGUGGGUGGUUAACUAUAGAUAUUUGUAUUUUCGACGACCUUGUGAAUAAUGUACUGUGCGCUAUUGGAGACAUGUGCUGUGAAAAUGUUGUGUUUAAAAACAUGUUAGAAGUCCACUGAUCUAGAAGGUGGCAAUUAAAAAUUACAAAUUAUUGUAAUUAUUUUAUUUGAUAAAUAUAUGAAGACAGUUUUUAUUUGACUUUCAAUCUCGCGUACUGAAUGUCAGAAUUAUAGGUCUUUUUUUUAAUCUUGCCACGUUUUAUAUCGAAUGUGAUUAUAUGGAACGGAAUACUGGUUAGUCAAUUAUGGAGUGUUUUACUUUAAAAAAAAAUUAAUGUUAGAAGCAGCGAAAAAAAACGUGAUUGGUGAUUUAUGAUUAUGACAUUAGGAAUGGCUGCUAAAUAAGAAGUAAGUUAGAAGUAAGAGUGUUCGUGAAAUCAAUAGAAAAAGAGAAGGAGAUUCGAAUAUAUAUGCGUGCGUUUCAAAAAUGACUGUAGUCACACGGAAUAAGUGCCUAGUUACCUAUAUAAUAAUAAAAUAUAGUGGACGAAAAAACCAUGAGUUUUUUUAAAUUUAUCCCAUGACUUAUAGUGGUCACACUGGUCCGUUGACAAAAGUUCCAUGGAUAGUUUUUUUUUCACCGCGAUCGCGACUAACUUUUUUAGCAAACCGUAUUUUUUUAAUUUUUCUGAACGAUACGUUGCCGGCCGGCACGUUUACCUACGCCGUUUUUGUAAUUAGAUUUUUCCAAACGAAAUUCAUUCGUUAAAAAUUAAUAGUGUGCCAUACUUUCGAUGCAAAUCUAAUUUUUUUUUAGAACAACGUGAAUAAAAAAACGAAACGUGAAAAAAAAAUUGUUAACUGCGUAACGUAGUUUUCACAGAUAUGGCCGUAAGUAUUCGCUAUUAUUAUACCUACUCGAUCUAUUCUUAUUAAAACUGGGAUACCUACUUGAUAAUUUCACUUAUACAUAUUUACAAAAAAACCACUCACAAAUAGGUACCCGCUAUGACUAUGGGUAUUAAUAGCUCGACUUAUCAUACAAAUAACAGAGAUGAUUACAAUUUUUAUGCUGUACAUUUUUGUUGUACGGUUUCCCAUAGUUGGACGAACUUUAUAUUCUGAUGCACUUUUUCUUUUUUUUACUGAAAUAUUGAUAACCUAACCUAAUACAUUUCAUCAAGUAUAAGUAUAUUGUCAUUUUUUUUGCAGGAACAACGCAGGCAACCCUUCAUAAACGGGGCGAUUUUUAAGCAUGGUCACUCCAUUUUUACGGUUAAAUUAUGCAUACAUUUAAAUUCUGAUUUUCGGAAUUUGUUGAGUUUAGUGAAUGGUGAUAUUUUCGCGUAGUUACUUAGAUUUUUUAAAACAUUCAAGGAGUAUUCUAUAGCGAAACCAACUUUAAUUUUUCAAAUGAGAACUUACUUUUUUUAAUUAAAUUAUCAAUCGGAUGAUUUUUCUGGUAAUUUUGACGUAUCGUAGUCGAAAUUUGAACAAACAUUUUCUGACUUAUUUUGCUUUAAAUACUAAACACAAUACCUAUAUUAUAGCUUUUUAUGGUGAUCGGAUACCUACCAACUAUUUCAUAGGAGUCUUGUGUAGGCAAUUUCUUGUUUUGGUUUAUGAUGAUUACAAAAAAUAAAUGUUUCAGACAAAUGAUCAGAAGAACAGCGUGCAUUAAAAAUGUAGAAUCUCAUUUGAAAAAUCAAAGUUAAUAUCAUCACAAAAUAAUCUAUAAGUGUUGUGAUGUUAUGAAAAAUAUAAGUAUGUAAAAAUAUUGUUUUUUACUAAACUUCAAAAUUCCGAAAAUUAGAAUUAGAAUUUAUGCAUAAUUUAACCAUUAAAAUGGGUACUGUAUCCUUUAUAUAUGGUCUGGAGACACUGUUCACUUUAAGGGGUACAUUACGAAAAUAAUUUACCAGAAAAUUCGUUUUACGUGGAAAAUUCUAAUGUUUUGAAUGAAGGAAUGUUUGAAAUCGGAUUUUAUAAAAAAUUAAAAAAAACCGAUUAUUUUUUAAAACUAUUUUACACGGCUCAAUUUUUUAUUAAGAGAUCGUAAUCGUGUUCUACAAGUUUUUAAUCUUUAAAAAAAAAUAUAAUAAUUAUAAUUCGGAAAACGUUGAACAAUAAAUUUGACUGCGAAUUCAUUAUGAGUUCGUAUACAAAAGUUGCAGACAUAAAAAAAAAAACCUCACACGAUUAUAACUUUUUUUAGAAAAAAAUGUACGUAGAGUUCUCGAAAAUGUUCUCAUUUUUAAAUGUUGCUCAUUAUGUUUGUACUAUAAUUUCAACCUAUACUUCAAAAUUGACGUUCCAAACUCCGUAAUGUUAUUAAUUAUAUGGUGUCCAGAGAAUUACGUAAAUGCGGGGCUACACCCUACACCCAUAGAGAUCCUCCCAUGGUAGUUACCUAGGUAUGCUUAACAUAAUAACGACAUUUUACGUCACGUCACAUUGUUAUACAGGUUUAGACAGGGGCGUAGCUAGAAAUAUUUUUCUGGGUAGGCCAGAUAAAAUGAUUAGAAAUGUUGAAUACGAAAUACUAUUAAUACAAAUUUUUUAUUUUAAAAUUGUGUUGAUUUUCGGAGAAAAGCGGGUAAGCCCGAGCCUACGCCACUGGGUCGGGGCCUUCGGGGACGGUCUGGACCAUAGGGAUACCGCGAAAAUGCCCAGUAUCUAUCAUUGUCAAAUAAUUGUUGUGUGCGACGUGAAAAUGAUACCACACUGAGUGAAACGUAUACAACUUGUUAUUUUAUUAAAUACCACAGAUAUCUAUUUAGGUUAUACAGAUAUCUGUGUUAAAUUCAAAUGCUGUUUGUUUUUAUCACGGCCGAAUAAAUCAGCACCCGAGUGCGAGUUACCACAUAAUAGUACGGUCGUUUUACAACUUUCUGGUGCUUAAACGCCACAUAACGACAGACUGUUCAUAAAUAUGAAUCCCUAAAAGAUCAUAUUGGUGGGUACUCCCUAUCUGGUCGCCUCUUGUACAGUAUUUAAAUUUCUCAAAAUUAUUUAUGUUUCGUGGAGCAUAAACAAGUUUUGCAAGGUUUUCAACAUGUAGCAUAAAUUUAAGUUGUCCAUCAUAAAAACAUUUUUUUUUUUUAAAUAAAAUACAACUGAAACAUAAACGUGUAGUAAAAUAUAAUAAUAAUAAAAAAGCAGUAAAACAAGUCAAUCAUAAUAACAAAUAACAUAAUCAUAAUAAAUCAUAAAAUAAGUUAUAGGUAUCAUAGGUUGAUAUCUAGUAGAGAGAUCCAAUUGGUUGUUGUGGGAGUGGCAUUUAUGAUGUUCAAAUUUCAAUUAAAAUUAAAUUUUCGUUUUUUCUGUUUAUUAUUAUGUUUUCUAAAGAGUAUACUAUGAAGAUCACAAUAAAAGCAUUGACAUUUUUGAUUUUUAAUAUUUUUUAAAAAUCUGGUUUGUAAAAGAUAACAAAUUAAAAUAUAACACAAUAGAGUACAAUACGCGAUUUCCAAUAUUCUUUUAGAAUUAAUAUACACAUUAAUUUGCAACAUUUUUUUUACAAUACCACCGUAGUGCUAAAAAUAAUCAAAUUUUUACCCAAUUUAAAAUCUAGGUUUUUUUUUAAUAUCACCAUAAUAUCUUUCUCAGAAUUUACCUUAAUAUUACAUGUAAGAUUUUUGAUAUUUUCAGUGCUAGGUGGUAUCAAAAAAUAGUGAAAAUACUACAUGUAUAUUAUACCUAUGCAUAAACAAAUUAGGUACCUAUUUAGGUAUACCUAAUUACAUACAAGGUGAUCCAUUUAGAAGGGUAUUGAUAGAUCAUCUUGUACAAAUAUUAUAUUUGUUUAAAAUUUGAAAUAAUUGAUCCAUUAUGCGUUGAUUAUAUAUAAUAUAUUAAAUUCCCGAAUCACCGGUAAAUCACGAGUAGAUAUAGGCACUCAAAUUUAAAAUUGUACUUAGAGUAGUUUAGAAUUAAUUUAUAUUAAUCUUUUUUUGACCUGUAUAAUAGGUAACAAAAAUGCAUCAUCUCUAAUAUGAACAUUGAAAUUAUUGUAAUUUUAGAUGUCGUCUAACGAUAGGACCCGAAAACUUUGUCGAAUAUGCGGAGACGUGGGUUCCUUAAAUAUAUUUGGAACUUUAGGGCAGACAUUGGAUUUGUCUGAAAAAAUAAACACGCUGUUACCAAUAAAUGUAUGUACAUCUAUGCAGUUAUAAAUUAUUAUUAUUUUUUUUUUAAAUACAAUUAUUACGUUAUAUAACGUAUGUUGUAACUUUUGUUUUCGUGGAUUACAGAUCACACUUAAUGACCGUCUUUCAACAAUGAUAUGUGAUGCUUGUGUGAGUCAAAUUACUACCAUAAACCAUAUAGUGGAAAUGAGUGGACGUACCAAUGAAAUAAUGACAAAAAUACUUGAAAAGGAAAAUAACGUAAGGAAAUUAUUACCUAUUAAUUUUAUUGAUAUUAAACACAUUUCUACCUAAAUAACUAAAUACAAAUUACAAAUAAAAUAGAUACAAUAGGAUUUUGAAUAGGGAGAUAUUUUAGAAAUAUUUUUUGGUUACAUUAUUGAUUAUAGAACAUUUCUGAUAAAAUCAAUGGUUAUUAUGUUGCAUGUUUAAUUAGUUAGUACUUUUCUGCCUACUUAAUUUAUGUCAUGGGUUAGUAAAUACUUAUUAUAAUUUAUAGCCAAACCUUAUUAAAUCAUACAAAUCCCAAAAUGCUGUAAAAAAAAAAAAAAAAAAAAAUAACUUAAACCAAAAACUGUAAAUGCAAAGUACAAUUUCUUUUUCUAAUUUAUACAUAUAUAUGAAACAAAUAUGUAAGAAAACCAAAAUUGCAUAACAAACUUUGAAAAAAGAAAAGUGGAAAGUACAUUGAUAUCCCAACCUUGGUUAUUAGUUACUUAUACAAAAUUUGAUAUUCAUUAACAUAAUAUGAGUUAGUACCUUUAUUAAUAGAAACCCAAAAACAUUAAAUACAUUUUUUAAAUAGUCUUUUCAAGAAAGGAUGCUGAAGCUUUGUCGUAUCUGUGGAAAUCCUGGAUUAUGGGAUAUUUACAAUCAAUAUGGAAAUUCCGUGAGCUUGGCUGACAAGAUAAAUUUAAUUGCUACACUUCAAGUAAAUACUUUACUAGUAGAAUUACACAAUACUACUGUGUGAUCAAUUUCUGAGCUUUACAAAUUAUGGUGUACUAAUAUGACACAUACAUUUUGAAAUUAAUAUUAUUUAACAUUAAUUAACAUUAAUAAGUUAAUAUUUAUAGGUAUCUCCAGAAGAUCAGCUAUCAUUGAAAAUUUGUCGUAAUUGCAUUGUUCAAAUAGAAGAUGUACAUCCUAUAUUUGAAUUUUGCCAUAACACCACAAAGUUAAUGUCUAUAAUUGCUGGUGAUAUCACACAGGAUAUUAUGAAGGUAGAAUAUUUAAAAAAACACUCAACAAAAUAUGUUGAGUUAAUUUAAGCAAAAUAGUUUUCAAUUAUUUUUUAUUGUCCAUCUAUAAUAAAAAAAGGAAGUGUUUGUCUAUAUGCAUUUGUUAAAUCUACGGCAAGCAGAUGUUUAACAAUUUACAUGCAGAUGCCAAUGAACGCCAGAUUUCUGAAUUUGAAUCCCUAAAGGGUAGCUAACACAGGGAUUUUAGUAUUUCCAGAACUGAGUUAUAAUCAUUUUUGUUGAUUUAUUGGUAACCUUGGUGAUAGAGAUAAAAAAAAGUCAUUAUUAACGAAUUUGGUUAUUAUGGGUAAGGAAGUAUUUUCAAAAAAAAAAAAUUACCAAGUAACAUUGCUUAUCUGUGAUGAGGAUAGGGUGGAAAUGGGAAAUCACGGAGAAACAGGCUUUUUUUACUCUUCAAUACUGUGUAUAGACAAAGCCAUGCAGGACAGUAAAUUAUUAAUUUUUUAUAUACAGUAUAUUAUAUUAUUUUAUAUUUGUAUAGAAUGAAACUCACUCAUUAGGAAUUGAAAACACCUUAAACGAAGAUUUUGCAAUGAUUGACUCAUUAGGAAUUGAAAAAACUGUAAAGGAAGAUUUUGCUAUUGGCAUUAAUGAAAUAGUGAUCCAGGUUUUACCAUUCACUAGGUUUAUUUGGUAUUAAAGAUUAAUGGUUUAUUGUUUUAGGAAAAUAAUAACAAAGAAAAUGAGCUAUACAUUUUUACUGUGGAUGAACAUAAUGCAAAAACCUCUAAUAUUACAUUUACAGACAAAGAGCUUGAUUUGAAAAAUAAAACAAAUAAAACACAGUGUUUACGUUGUACAGAAACUUUUAAGAGUGGUAAGAGUGUAAUGCAUUCUAAUUAAAUUUUAUAUUUACUAUACACAGUUAUAUAUUCUUUACAAUAAAGGUACAGAAUUAAGAAGCCAUAUAUUGUUGAAUCAUAAUCUUAAAGAAUUGGAUUGCCAUCAUUGUUUUCGUCGGUGUUCAAAUGUAAUAGAAUUUGAAAACCACGUAAAAUUACAUUUUGCUGCAGAACUUCCUUACUAUCCAUGCGAUUUAUGUUUGACAUGUUUCAACAGUUUAACUGAUCUUAUACGUCACAUUAAAACACACGACGUACCACGCACCAGAGAAUGGGCCCUUGCAUUCAAUCUGCCUGAUAACUGCACUUAUAUUGGCUGUCGGUAUUGUAAUAAAACUUUUAUACUUGAGACAUCGAGACGAAUUCACGAAAGAAGCCAUUUUACAUGCUUGAUAUGUGAGACAUGUGGUAAACAAUUGCCAAACAAAUCUCAGUUAAGUGUUCACCAGCGUCAGCAUACUGGAGAAAGACCAUAUAAGUGCAUAAUUUGUGAUUCAUCAUUUAAAUGCUUGUCAACGUUACGCCAGCAUGAAGUUGUACAUUCUCCAAAAAAAUACAGUUGUGAAAUCUGUCUACGUAAAUUUAGUCGACCAGAAAAAGUUCGUAUCCAUAUGAGAGUACAUACCGGUGAAAAACCUUAUAAUUGUUUGAUGUGUCAUAAAAAAUAUCAACAGAAAAACGAUUUAAAUCGACAUGUUAAAAAAAAACAUGAACAUUACACUGCUACAAAAAAUUUCAGAUAA